AUGGCUCAUCACGACAAUUCCAGAUCGUCGCGCUCGCCCUCCAAGAGCAGCAUGGCGUCCCCGGCUGCAUGGCUUCCCUACACGGGUGAGCAAAGAUUGGUCGCGACGAAGGCACUGCACAAUCGCUAUAUCGAGACUCACAAGUCCCACGAUUGGUUUCUCCGACUCGCCGAUGCAAUGAGUGUCGAGAAGGCCGAUCCCCUGCAAAGCAAGAUGUUUGCCAAGAUGUAUGUCUUCAUGCGUGACUUCAUGCCACAGGGCCUCACCGGCAAGUACGCACACAUCCGUGGGGACGAUGUCAUGCGGCAUUUGCUCUGCCACAACGAGCAUACCGUGUCUCGCCACAAGGUGUCCAAGGCCGCAGAUACGGCAUGGAGGGAAAUGGAGAAGUGGGUGAAGGGGGGUGCCACAUGGAAGGAGGCUCUUCAGGAUGCCCGGCGAGAGACGCGACACAAGAACAGGAGGACUCCCAUGUGCCCUGGACUUCACAGCCCUGCCGGCCUGUUAGCCGUAAUGAUUAUUGCUCACCCCGAUCCGGAUUCCAAGUUCAGGAAUUGGAUUGGGCAGCUGCAGAUCGACUGGAUGAUGACGCAGCCGCGAGGCAGGCUCGACGUCCGUCACGGCUUCUGGAAGGGGAUCAACGACAGCAACCUCUACACCGUUUUCUUGGCCGAGGAGGAUCGCGAGGCCGAUAUAACUAUGUUGGCUGAUUAUACGCGCCUAUUCCAGCACUUCCUGCGUUGUCGGAAAGACAUGAGACCAUAUCUUCCACCGUGGGCCAAGUCCAUCACUUUGACCGAGGAACCUUUGGACAUCGAAGACUCGGAGCCGGACGAUGGCGACAACAACAACAACAACGACGACGAAAAUAGCGCGGCGCACGGGAUGCUGGCGGCGGCGGCGGAGCGAACAGACGAAGCCAUCUGGCGAGAGGCCAUCGACCUCGCCCGGGUGGCGGAGCCGAAGGACCUGCAAGAAUGGCUGGGCGAUGCGCUGGCCCAGGGUUCCACCGAACUCCUGUCGACGUGGUGCCAUCAUUGGGAGAAGAGGAUGGAAAAUGCCACGAGCUUCGAGGACCAGCUCGUCAUCCGCUCGCUCUUCAUGGAGAGCCUCCGCAGACUGAACAGUCUCUUUGCGAGCUCCUUUGCGGCCGGAUACAUGGUCGUGGAUAUGAGCGACGGGGUCAGGACAGCACGGGAAGAUAACUCCGACGGCAUACGGGUGGAAAAGCUGCCUGCCUACAUUGUAUUAAAGGCCUGCCACAGCAAGCUCACGCGCCUUGCUGAGGCCUCUCUGAGCGCGGCAGCGACCGGGGUCGUGAAGAGACUACUCAAGCAGCAGGUCGACUGUAUACUGGAAGUGAUGGUGUCGUCGCCCUUCUUCGACCAUUGGCGGGCAGUCCUCUCGUUCCAUACCAUUCGCCUCCAAGUUCUCCUCCACGACCACCAGGAAGGGGCCUCUCCCGAGGGAUCAGAUACGAGAGAGCUUCUCUUCAACCAGCAUACCAUCAGCAGACUCCAGCUUACCGACUGGCAGAUGCUGUCUCUGGCUCUGAGCGACCCUUCAGAAGCACUUACUGGUUGCCAACUCCGCAUCUUCCGCCAGACGACCUCCGAGCUGGCGUGCGACGACGUCAUCGACCUAGGCGACAACAAACCCAGGUCCAUUGCCCAUCAGACAAUCGCACCUGUCGUACAGAUGAAGCACCCAACCUUACCCAAGCUAUUCGGCGGAAUAGAGCCUCCUGCUCGCAACACACCACCGCUCACGCCACGCCAAGAUGAAUCAGCACUCGUACAGAACACGGCGAAUGCCAUGCACACAACGUCUUCGCGGAACACGUCGCCGAAGCGCCCAACGCUGGCGUCUGUGUGGACUACAUCGCCAACGCGCCAAACGCUGCCUGGCUCGCCAGUCCUUGGGGUAGGAAUGCCUCGGUCACAAUCGCCGCACAAGCAUUCCAACCCACUGAGCACCAACUUUCCACGCCUUCCGAGUACGCCGUCGGUCCUUGCUCCUGUCUCCUCUCCGACGAAGGAGGCAAAGAAGAGCGUCUGGGAAAAUCGGUCCUUUACUGGACAGAAACGACCAUGUAGCCCCGACUUGCGAGAUCCGAAAAGGCGCCUCGUGAGUUUCACGCGAAACGAGCUGGCAGAAGAUCUGCAGCUCUUCAAGGACGAUAUGAAGGCUGGGGUGGAAAGCUACAGUUCCCAGGUAUCGAAGGAGUUGGACAAGAUUACCCACGCCCUAGCCAAGUCGAGAGAGCGUGCGAUCACAGACGACAAGGUCCGAGACCUCGUCAGAGGCGAACUUCAGAUGCCCCUCGACAGGAUCGAGACUGUAUGCAGCUCUAUCCAGGCAAGCCAAGCGGUCGUCGUCAAGGAGAUCGGACAAUUUUCGUCAGAGGUCGAGGAGCUCGCAAAGGUUCAAUCUGGAGUGGGGGAAAUGCGAGACGCCAAUACCAAAGAGCUCCACGCGGUGCGAUUGUAUCAAGAGACGCAGCUCGAGGAGAUCCAGGCCCUGCGGGACAAUGUCCAGUCGCUGCAAAACUUGGCAGAAAUACUUCAGACGCAACAAAACUCCCACCACAAGGAUAUACGCGACUUGACAGAGAUGCUCCAAGCACAGAAAGAUGCCCGUCUCAAGGAGUCGGAAGACUGGGCAGCAAAGCUUCGGCUACAACGCGAGGCCCAGGGCAAGCAGAUGGACGAUUGGGCGGAGACGCUUCGGUUGCAACAUGAAGCCCAGGGCAUAGAGAUCAAGGGGCUGUUGGCCAAGCCAGUGCCUCAGCUCGGACAGGAGGGCUACCUCGCUCGAGAGUGUCCGGCACCGUCUGGGUGUACUCAAGAGGUCUAUGUCUCGAAACUCACGCGCGCUGCUUGGCAGUUCAUCUUUAUCAUGGGCAACCCAGAUGGAGGCGUCGGCCCAGAUGCGGAAGCCCUGCAGGCAACUUGUGAGCAUUUCCCGGAGCUCGACGAACAGCACAUCGUGAGUGCAAUUGAGCAUGUGCAAAUGCAGACAUGGGGUUAUCCAUUGCAUGAGCCAGAUGCGGACGAGGGGUCAUCCAUUGCUUCAAACAGACUGGGACUGAUGGUACACCUGUAA